GGGCAAUGUCAACAUCAUGGCGCCACCUAUCGGUCCACGCUUCAUAAAGAUUGGAGCAAUGCGCCUUACCUUAUAGUGGAAAACAGGUGGCUCACCAGGUUCCGUGUCCAACUCGCGGUUCAAAAAGUCAAUGUGUCCGUUCGGCCUGCUUAGUGCAGCAACCUCGGCAACAUGCCAGUGAUGUCAAAACAACCGAGGGGGAUCUCAAGCGCAUUUCUUUUUCCUACUUGGGGAAGUCUACUGCAAGCUGAGCAGUGUUCCGUAACCGAAACGACCCAAGCGACAAAGCAAGUGCGUUACAAUGGUGAUGGACGAGUGAUCAAAAAACGUAAGGCGGUAGCACGCAGAAUGACCACGACGAUCGGCGACCUUGCGCUGAUAUAUCGCAAGAGGACCAUCGGGUGUUGGGCCUUCCGUAUACUGCAAGCUGUCUCCCCAUGUGUUCCCGCAGGCUGCUGUGCUGAUGCGCACAACAACCAAUCAGAGCUCGGCUAUUUAUCAUCUUCUUUCAUGCAGAGUCAUUGCACGUGUUUGCACCACUAGUCCCCAUAUAAGGCUGUGUGCAGUUUGUACCAGUGAACCGAUUUAGUCACGUUCGCUGGCUGUCAGCAAAGGCGGAAGAUCAGAAGGUGGCCGUUAUAAAACAUUCGCGCAAGAGGGAGUGCUGCCACGUGUCGUAAGAGUUUCAAGACAUACUAAAAGGAGGGC